AAUUUCCCCUUUCUUCCUCCCUCCUCGGAAGGCGUUGAAAUGGCACUGGAAACUCAGAAUCUCUGAUUUUAUCCCAACUGCUCGGCGUCGCCGGAAUCCACCGUCAUGGAAUCUAGCGUACUGGAGACGAUCGGUGUCGAGAUCAUCGGUGUCAUGUCUCCGGUUUCAAUCUGUAUGCUUCUCGUCGUUUUAUUGGUCUAUUCCCUAUCUUCCGCUGACCCUCUCGCCUCCGCUCCGAUUCGCACCGCCGCGAAUCUCGUCUACCUCGAGAGCCCUUCCGAUUCCGCUGCUCAGAAGCUAGAAGGUGCCCUUCUCAAUGCUUUGGUCUUCGUCAUUCUCAUCGCUGUUGUUACUUUCCUUCUCGUUGUUCUUUAUUACUACAACUUUACCAAUUUCUUGAAGAAUUACAUGCGAUUUUCUGCGUUUUUCGUGCUUGGUUCCAUGGGAGGCUCCAUCUUCUUGUCUAUUAUCCAACAUUAUUCUAUACCGGUUGAUUCGAUUACUUGUUUGAUUUUACUGUUCAACUUUACGGUGGUGGGAGUGCUCGCGGUUUUCUCAGGAGGAAUCCCUAUCAUCAUGAGGCAAUCGUACAUGGUGUUUUUGGGUAUAAUUGUGGCUGCUUGGUUCACGAAGCUGCCUGAGUGGACUACUUGGAGUUUGCUCGUAGCCUUGGCUCUGUAUGAUUUGGUGGCUGUUUUGGCACCUGGUGGACCUCUUAAGCUGCUGGUGGAGUUGGCCUCGAGCAGGGACGAAGAGCUUCCAGCUCUGGUUUAUGAGGCUCGGCCUACAGUCUCGAGGGGUCCAGAGAAUCGGGGGGGAUUGGGACUGUUGGUUGCUGGAGUCUCAGAUUCUGGAUCAAUAGAGCUUCAGGCACCUCCUGAUAACAAUUUGAACCGUACUGGGAAUGAAAACCGACGUAAUUCUGAUCGCCCUGCUGCAGACUAUCAGAAUUUUCAGAAUGAAGAGGUUGAAAGAAAUGGAGAUGAAGGGGAGAGGUCACCGUUAGUAAGUUACUUGCGAGAAAGACAAUCAUCAGAGAGCGGAUCAUCUGGUUAUUCAACUGAAGUUCUUACUCCAGAUAUGCGUCGACACUUUGGCAACAGAGAAACUGAAAUCCUUAUAGCUGAGGAAUUGUCUCCUCUGGUUGAAUUGCCACCAUCGCGAAACCAGAGAGAAACGGCAAGGGCUGCCCAUACUGAGGUUAUGAGUAGAGGUAUUAGGCUUGGUCUUGGGGACUUCGUGUUCUACAGCGUCCUUGUGGGUAGAGCUGCAAUGUAUGAUCUGAUGACAGUCUAUGCUUGUUAUCUUGCUAUCAUCUCAGGACUUGGAUGCACUCUCAUUUUGCUAUCCGUUUGCCAUCGAGCUCUGCCUGCACUUCCCAUAUCCAUCACUUUGGGUGUCAUGUUUUACUUCUUGACUCGGUUAGUUAUGGAGCCGUUUGUUGUAGGGACUGCCACAAAUUUAAUGAUGUUCUGAUUCUACCUUUUUUUCGAGAGUUCAAAUCCCAUAGUAGAGAAAUGUGAUGAUUUAAUAGGCACUGGAUUGAAUGACAGUGGAAGUGCAUAUAUUCGUAUAGAGUCCCUUUUCUCCUUGUGCAUCUGCAAGUGUUUCAAUGGUAGAUUUUAAGCUCAGCAAUACUCACAGGUCACCAUUUCUAAACUGUUUAGAGAAACUAUUAUAUGUCAUCAUAGUGAUUUUUCAAAUUCUCGAUUUGAUUUCAGUUA